AUGGAGGAGACGACUAACGUCAGUCGGAUGCUCGAUAUGAGCGGACGACUGGAUUGUCAUUCUUUUUUUUUCUGGAUUUUUACUGCCUCCUCUCGUGAAAUUUUCACUACCAGAACUAAAUUCAUAGCAGUAAACAACUAUCAGGUAACAAAAAUGUCGAGCUCAACGAUGGAAGCCACGCAACAGAAGGUAAAGAACGCUGUCGACUCUAUGAUUGACGAAAUGGAUCGGGAUUAUUUACGCGAUAUGCAGAAACAAAUGUUUCUUUGUUCGGCAAAAUGUUGUGAACACAAGGCCAGUAGUCGUGAAGCAGUAGAACAUUGCGUUGAGAAAUGUAAUGUUGGUAUGAAAAACGCUCAGAAGACUUUGGAAAGGGAACUCGGAGGGUUGCAAGAUCAACUGUCUCGUUGUGCUAUGACGUGCUACGACAAACUGGUUCAGAAGUAUGGUCCUGAUGUGAAUAAAUACACUGAAACUCAGAUGCUACAAUUCAACGAUAGCCUGGAUAAAUGUAUUGCAGUAUGCGCUGAUGAUCAUAUAAAACUUAUCCCUGAAAUUAAGAAACGUUUUGCAAAAAAUGCCGCGAUGACCGCCUUUCGAUUACUCCUCGUGUUGUCCACUGUACAAACGUCUUGGAGUCUCGUGAAAAAAGUCCCAGUCCAAUUCGGCCGAGUUUGUGCGUUCGGUGACUUUAAUGGCGACCGCAACACAGAUAUCCUGGUACAACGUGGGACAAACUUAACCGUUUUGCUACAGGAUAAUGAGUUACUAAAUGUGCUUGAAGAAGGUGUAUUCAAGAACUCGACGACGUUUCGAGUAGGAGAUGCAGCUGUUGAAUGCUCUCUUGGUGAUUUUAAUGGCGAUACAAAAUUGGACAUUUUGGUAUCCAUGAAAAAGCGAGCCGAUUAUUACCACUCAGUUUGGAUUUCAACGGCUCUUCGUGAUUCUUUUGUGGAGCACAAACUCCCCGUUCUUUCUUCGCAAGCUCUAGCAAUUGAUGUUGAUGGAAACGGUUGGCAUGAUGUCUUAGGUUUUUAUCCAAAUGGAUCCAUGUACUGCAUAACAUUCAGCCGUGAUGGAAGCCCAGCAAUCGAUUGUAAUUAUCUCUUCCCGGGAUUCAUCCGAGUGGACCCGUAUCCUGGUGUUCCACAUUUGUUCGCUGACUUUACAGGUGAUCAUUUGGCGGAAAUUGUAUUUAUGGAUUCAACAGUCACCGGCAGUGGGAAGUUCCUUACACCACGAAUGUGGGGUCGCUUCAAGAAUGGUUGGAGGGAAACACCAACUGUCAUAAGUCAGAUACCUGGAGAGCAUCAGUUCGUUGGGGCUCCAAUGGCUGCAGAUUUUGAUGCAGACGGUUUAAUUGAACUGCUUGUGCCGAUAUGUCGAAAAGCGGAUUGCAAACAGGUGACUGAGUUUGCUAAUUGGCAGUACACACGUGGAUGGUCAACAAAUGCAUUCGAUCUGCAGAAUUUCAACAUUCUGUCCGAUGAAGAUUCGUUGAUGCUUUUCCGAGUGGGAGAUUUUUCUCUUGAUGGUUAUCCAGAUCUUGUGGCUACACUGGUGAUUGAUAACAACCCAUGCACGAACUGCGACAGAAAUGGAACAAGAAGAUUCGAGAUCAAUAAGAGUGUUUUCAUUCAACCGAAGGAGGUAGCUCUAGGAGAGAUAAAAAUGGCUUCCUUCUUUGACCUGAAGGAAGAUGGAAGUCUUGACAUUCUCAUUGAAUAUAAGCCAUUCGAAGGGGACACGAAAUUCAGUUUCAUUCCUUGUGACGACAAAGGUGAUGUCACCUUCCUCAAAGUACAAGUGUUUACAAAUGUUUGCGGUAAACGUUGCGAUCCCACUUCCAAAGAAUUAGGAUCCGGUGUGAGCUGGGGCGGCGCUUGCGCAAGUUUCAGUAUGUCUGAUGGGUGGGGUGGAUCUCUGAAAAGCUCUGCCUGCCAAAUCCCAGCCACUACACACCGUGCUCUGGCACCUCCCUACGUGUUGUUUGGUUUGGGAAGAAGUCCUAAUUUCGUGGAUGAGUUAACCAUCGGAGCACCACGUUAUUCGGAUGGUUUGGCUGUUCGCCAACACACUUUGAAACAAAUUGUGCCCAACUCGAGAAUCGUCGUCAUUCCACCGGAAGAGGGUUCACAUUGGUUGACGCGGUUGUAUGUGACGCCUUCGCAACUCAUUCUUCAGAGCUUAGCGGUGAUCGCCUUAGUAUGUGCAAUGCUGCUUAUUGUCGUUGCGUUCUUGCACUAUCGAGAAAAGAAGGAGGAUCGGGUGGAACGACAACAACAAUCUCAUCGGUUUCACUUUGACGCUAUGUAA